AUGAGUGACGAUCAGGCAGAGCACAGGUCCCGGCAAUGGGAUGUUGCUAAGGAGGAGCCUGUGAUUCAGGAUGAGCAGAAACCUCGAAAACUCCUGAGCUGCAUCCAGAUCUUUAUCUGUAACCUCGCAGGGCUCCUGGUCUUUGCACUUGCUUUCUUCAGCAAAACAUCCUUACUACUGCUAAUAACCAUCAGCAACAACGCUUCAAACACCAUAGAGACCAAACCCUACGCCCUCCUCUUCAUCGGCUGUCUCUUAAUAGCACCCAGUGUUUUAACGCUGUUUAAAAGUGUUUGGAAAAUUAUUUUUAAGGACUCAAAAACUCCAUCGACACAAACUUUCAUAUGGGUUGUCCUGGUGGAAUCGUUGGUGGCUCUUGGCUCAGCCGUGCUCACCUUGGUCGCCAUGCCGAAAUUUGACAUCCUAACUAACGUGAUGCUGCUGAACGGGAUCGGUAUGUUGUCGGCCAUCAUGCAAGUCAUCGCAAGUGCGAUCGCCAGGGGAAAGAAGCGAUUCACAGCGACCUCCGCUUUGUCCGUCGUCCUCCUGACUGCAGGCUACAUAUUCUUUGCCUUCAACUACAUCUACUGUCCUCAAUGGCAAGAGGACAGUACAAGAUGGGAGAUGGCCCUACAUGUUGGUUUGGCAAUAGGAGGAGCCUUUCUGGUGUCUUUGAAUUGGUGGGAGAACUACGCCAUGCUUUUUAAGAUCACCUUCUUCCAAAACACCAUCCGAGACAUCAAAAGGUCAAGGAAUCUCGUCAGUAUCCUGUCCAGUGUGGUACGAAUCGCUGUGAUCUCCACCGUCCUGGGAGCCUACGUGAAGCUCUCAGACCAGGACUGGUCUUCGGUACUAUCGGUCACUUCAACAACUAAAACUCUAGUCCUGAGCCUCUUCGCCAUUCAGGUCAUCUCGUCGGCUCUGUGCCGCUGGAUGGCCGUGGUAGCCUGCAAAAUGCAUGCAGUCCGCCGCAGCUUUGUCCUUCCCAUGAUAAUGGUGUCUCCAACUGCCCUGGCUGCCUUCAUCCUGGCCAUCUGGAUCCCCUUCCUCAACUCCAGUUCCAGUGAUAAUGUCAACAGCACGUUUGCCACCUCGUUUGCCACCUACUGCAGUAACUUCUCCAGCAUAAACGGCUCAGGGCUAGGAGUCAUGAAGCUUCUGGUAACGGACUUGACCCACGGGGUCUGCAAUCGAGUUGCCUCUUUGGAAGGCAAUGUGAUUGGUUACGUUCUCCUGAGCUUGUCCUUGUUCAGCUGGUGGAUUGGACUGAUGCUCUGCACGCUAUACAUCUGGUUCCUCAGCAUGCACCGCAUCGAGAGGACGAAGGAACUGUUUGUGCGCAACCUGUACGAGGCGGUGUGCAUUGACCAGUCCAUGUUGCUCAACACCAGGUUUGAGGUGGUUUCGCCGCAAAGGCAAAACAGAGAGAAGGACAAGAUGACCAUCUACCUCUGCGCCACCAUGUGGCACGAGACCAAAGACGAGAUGCUGAAGAUGAUCAUCUCAAUGUUCAGACUCGACAGGUUCAGACCUAAGAAGAACAAAUUUAACGAUGUCGCCUUUGAGUCGCAUAUCUUCUUCGACGAUGCCUUCAAGCAGAAAGACAACAAGCGCAGUGUAAACGAGUACGCAGAGACCCUGGCAGAAGUCAUCAAAGAGGUCUACAUUAUAUUCAGUGAUAAAGGUAAAGGUAAUUUUAGGGAGAGAAAGCCACUCCCAGAUCAGAAGAUCAUCCAGACGCCGUACGGCUGCCGUCUGCAGUACACUCUUCCCGAAGGCAACUCACUAACCGUUCACUUUAAGGAUAAGAAUAAAAUUCGCCACAAAAAGAGAUGGUCUCAGAUUAUGUACCUAUACUUUCUGCUCGGUUGGAAGCUAAACAGGCCAUUCCAUCAGAUGUAUGAGGAAAAGGAGGAGGGAUUAAACAAUAUUGAAGAUCGAUUGAAGAAAGCCAAGGAGAACACCUACAUCCUGGCACUAGAUGGAGACACUGAUUUCCAGCCCUCUGCAGUCAUGCUGCUGGUGGAUCGGCUCAGGCUGUACCCGGAGGUGGGGGCGGCAUGUGGCAGGAUUCACCCCACUGGUACCGGUCCGAUGGUGUGGUAUCAGAAGUUUGAGUACGCUGUGGGUCACUGGCUGCAGAAGACGGCGGAGCACGUGUUCGGAUGCGUCCUCUGCAGUCCGGGAUGCUUCAGUCUGUUCAGAGCCGCGGCGCUUAUGGACGACAACGUCAUGAAGAGAUACACCACCAAACCCACCGAGGCCUCUCACUACGUACAGUACGACCAAGGUGAGGACCGCUGGCUGUGUACGCUUCUCCUACAGCAGGGCUGGAGGGUGGAGUAUAACGCCGCCUCAGACUCCUACACCAACGCUCCUCAGGAGUUUAAGGAGUUCUACAACCAGAGACGGCGCUGGGGUCCCUCAACCAUGGCCAACACUCUGGACCUCCUUGCCAGUGGCAGCCUGACCUCCCAGAGGAACAAGUCCAUCUCCAAACCCUACAUCUUGUACCAGACCAUCAGUAUGGCCGCCUCCAUCCUGGGCCCGGCAACAGUCUGCCUGAUGAUUGCAGGAUGUUUUAAAACCGUACUGAAGUUAGACGCCAACAUUGGCCUUGUGCUGGCCGUCAUCCCCCCUGUUCUCUACAUAAUUAUCUGCUAUUAUACGAAAUCAGACACACAGAUCACCAUCGCUGCUGUUCUGAGUGUAAUGUACGCUUUCCUGAUGACCGCCACUCUGUUAGGGAUCAUAGCGGACAUGGUGAUUGAAAACACCUUCAUGACCCCCAGCGGCUUGUUCUUCAUCGGCAUCAUGGCCAUGUACGUCAUCACGGCUCUCCUUCACCCUCACGAGUGGCAGCUCAUCAUCUGCGGCUUCCUGUACGUCAUCUGCAUCCCCAGCGGAUACCUGCUGCUGGCCAUCUACUCCAUGGUGAACAUGAACAACGUGUCAUGGGGAACUCGGGAGACGGGGACUCAGGGUGCAGCGGCGUCCGCCAUGACGCAGGAAAAGAGCGUGAAGUGCCAGAAGAUGCUGAAGUUCUGUAGUUAUAACCUGGAGAUCCAGGUAAACCAGGAAGUGAAGGUGAUUAACGCACCACCACCAGUCGCAUCAGUCGCACCUACAGUGCCCACUGAGGUGCCGUCGAAACUGGAGGAGAGAAAACCAGACAACAUUGAGGAGAACUUCAUUCAACAGUUGACGGACAGCUCGGCGGAACUGCACCUAAAGAGGGGAUACCUUGAACCGAAAGAAGAAGAGUUUUGGAUGGACCUGAUUGAGCGCUACCUUAAACCUCUAGAGAGCGACAAAGCAAAGGAAGAACGAAUCAAAGCUGAAUUGAAAGAUCUGCGCAACAAGGCAAGCUUCGUGUUUUUUAUCUGUAAUGCCUUGUGGCUGGUUGCGACUUUCUUUAUGCAAACCUUGGGCAGCACCGUGACCAUCAAAAUCCCGAAAGUCUUCGCCAACGGAACCGUAGACCCGGACGGGAAGCUCUUCAUCGAUCCCAUUGGUCUCAUGUUCCUUGUUGGCUUUGCGACCCUUCUGGCCAUCCAGUUUUUUGCCAUGCUGUGGCACAGAAUCCAAACUUUGAUUCACUUCAUCGCUUAUAAUGGAACGGAAGCUGCCGUUAACAGGAGGGCCAUGAAAAGGCAUCAGGCGAUGCCGUCAGAUGAACAUGAGCUUCUUUAGAAACCAGUCAUCUGAAUUGACUGAGGGCUACAGAGUGGGUCAACAUGGUACUUAAGAGAGAAGCGACGGCAAAGUUCUCUACAACAUAUAAAACCAGCAAUAAUCCACCUAAUAAAUCUAGUAUUAAUCAACAUUAAUGAUAGAAAUAAGAAUCAGAAGUUCAGAAUUGUUUACAGUUGUU